UUAUUAGUUGUUGUAUAUCCGCGCUAAAUACCAAACCAAAAUGUGAAAAGGCUUAACUGAAAGUAAUAUUUUUUUUAGUCGUUUUAAAAUGGGUAGGAAGAAUAAAUGCAAGCCGCGAAUCAUACCUCAACAAGACAAAACAAUUUGUGGAUGUAUAUGCUUUUGCCAGUUGGUAGUAGUGCUUAGUUGUGUGUCGCUAAUAUAUUUAACUGUUGCUAUUUAUAUGCCUGCCUAUAGAGCUUUUAGAAGCGGGUUUGAGGAAAAACCUGUUAUGUGCCAAACAACUAAUACAAGUAUGUCAAAUAACUGUAGUUGGGCUUCCUGUGGAGAAUGGUGCCUUACAAGAACUUCAGGCUUUUGUCCGCAGAUCCACUCAACUGUAAGACAAAAUGGUACUUCAGUAAAGUUUGUGAACUGUACAACUUUUUCUACGUCCAUUUGUCCACCAAUUGAAUAUAAGUCCUUAAAAAAAUAUAAUUGUAAUAAUGGAACAGAAUGUGCAAUUUUAAAGGGAAUAUUUAAUUGCUCUCUUGGACACUGCCUUAAUUUAUCACAAAUAUAUGAUUUUCAGGAUUGUCACUAUAAAGCAGAUGGUUUUACUGUUGAUAGUGAUAAAGAUAACGCAAAGCUCAAUGGUUAUUUUGAAUGUAAAGGAUCUAAGUGCACUAAAAUUAAGAAAGUAUUUUCUUGUGACAGAAUAUGUAAAGAUAACAUUAUAAGUCAGCUUAGAAAUGUUUUUAUUUCGGUAGAAGAUAGUAUACAUCAAGCGUAUUGCGACUUAGCUUUGGCUUCAAACAGAGCUCAAGGUAGGCUGGAGGGAGAAGCGAUUGCACCUACCCAGUUUUGGACCAAGCAGCCCGACGAAGUUAUUAUGGUUUCAUGUCUAACCGUACAGCAUAAUAAAACUGAUGGAUCAAUACUUGGAACAGACUGCAUUAAUGGUACAAUUUAUAGAAGCGAUGAUAUUCCUCAACCAUUUGUCACCUUUAGACAAUUCUGGAAUUUAACAGGAAAAUACAAUCAUGUGGUGGACCCUAAAAAUGAAUUUGUACCAUCCCAGGCUUCUUUGACGAUCUAUAAUCACUCUCGACUAUAUAUAAAUUUAGAUGGAUGUGUUAAUACUCUAAAAGGUGAAUGUCAGAAAUUUUUGCAAUCUCAUGGAAAAGAUGGCAAGCUAAAAACAGCACGGAGUAGAUACCCUUGUUACUACAAUAAGAAUAACUCGUUCAUGGCUAUUGCUCGCUAUGAUCUAAAAAAAACAUGGAGAGACCUCAUAAUAGCUAUCGUAAUACCAUCUGUUCUAUUUAUAAUAUCUUUUAUUACUCUAUGUGCUAUUAUGCAAUCAGUGAGAGUUGACGAUGAUGCAAAGAUGAGGUGGAAAUACUGCUUCAGCGGACCAAGAUCAGAUAACAACUGUGAUUUGACUGAGAUGAUCAGUAGAAACGAGAUAUCUUCUCCGGAAUCUGACGGGCCUAGUUUCCAUAGGCGAUAUCAUCAGGAAAUCACAUAACCGAGAAACGGUAUUUCUGUCCUCUAUUUUAAUAUUGAGCAGUCAGCAUAUAAUAUUCUUAUGGGUAUUACAAGUUUAAUUGUGCAUUUUUUAUAAAAAUCGUAGCAAAACUACAAUGAUAUGCUAAAUAAAUAUAUUUAGUAACCAUCACCUAAAUACGAAACGUGGAUCCUUUCAUUGCGCAUGGCAUUGGUCAAUUUACGUAAGUUAUACAACGUUGUCACCUUUAUAUAUUUCUCUUAUAAUAGCUUAUUUUAUUUUCAUAGGAAAUAUAAUACACCAAAAAAAAGUUUUAGCUUAUAAUGCUCAUCGGCUUUAUAUUCACAAUGUACAACAAACUAUAUCUCUAUUUGCAACAGUUUCUUUAAAAGUUCUAACGAGAGACUUUAAUCUUGGCAAUUAUGCAAUAAUUAUUUAGUAUUCACUCUCUUGACUACGGUAAACAUUAAAAACAAAAUCGUCAAUUUAACUAAACUUAUUUUCCUAGGUAAUUUUAAAAUUUUUUUCAACAUUUACAUGCUACAAUUAAAUAAACUUGUAAUGUCGGCCACUCAUGUUCCGGUAGACCUAAGAGGUAUGCCCAUGGAGGCAUGUGUGUAUAAGUACACCCCAACGUUUGUGUGAAUAAACGAACCUUAGUCAAUUUUCUUCAUAAAUAUACUUCGACCCGGGUAUGGGGGGGUGGUUUUCCACUUAGAGAAAAUACGUGUUUUAAGUAUAAUUUUUUUAUAAAAUACGUUACGUACAGAAAAAAAGUAGAAUAAGUACCAAGUUUAUAAAAUAUUAUAAAUUUGAGCUCUGUUUAUCGUCGAGUUAAGGUCAAAGAAUAAUAUGAUCGAAGAAAACGAGAGGCAAAAACCUACACCCGAUAAAAAUGCCAUCGUAAAAAAAAUGAUCUACAAAGUAAUAUAAGAAAAUAGCAAAUCAGCAUCGCCAGACGAAUUUUACUAUUUUAAGGUUUCAUAUCAUCAUCGAAACUGACAAGUUUAAGGAUUUUACCCUAGCGUGAGUGACUGGCUUAAGGUUUUGUGAGACGCAGUUUAAAUUCCGUUUUGAACUACAUCUAAUUUUAUUAUAUUAAAGCCUUUUAAGUAUAGAAAGAGCUUUACCACCAAUAGGUGUGAUCAUGUUAUGCAUUUCACGUAUUGUUUUUUUAAUCAAUAAUUUUUUCAAUACAUAAUAAUUGAGCCUAUGACUGACAAAAGUAACUACGAUUAAUUAAAUGAGUUUUUUUAACCUCUGAAAUCUAGUCAAAAUUGUUGUUCUUAGUAAUUACUAAGAACAACAAUUUUGAGUUAAAUUUAAAAAAAUGUUACUAUAAAAGGCUUAACAUAAAAAUAUACAGAGACUGGUUAGCCCAAGACUGCCAGAACCUCUUUAGCGUUACUGGAAAUCGUCCACCCUACAUUAAACGCUAUUUAUUGCUUCGGCAGUUUUGAGUAUAUGCUCACGCCUUAAUUAGAUUUACAAAUACUAUCUAUCUAUAUGAGUUAUUUCCAGACUUAUUUAGUAUUGAGGUAAAUUGAACAAUGUAUAUUUUUGGAAUAUAACAUACUAACCAAAAUGUGGUCCAAAUACGUCUCAAGACAGUUGAGAACGAAUUAGAGUAAUGUAAGCAAAGGCUUUCUAGAAAUAGAUAGGAUAAGUAUUUAAUAAAAGGGUAUACUAAGAUUGAUACUAAGUUACUUACACUCCCAUAAUAGUUACAACUCUAAAGGUACAAUUAACGUCCCAAUAUCAUUCCUAAUAACGACUGACGAGCGGUAAAACAUCUAUACUACAGAACCAUAAGUCAUAAGUUACAGCUUGUCAAAGCUUGUUGCUCAAUUUUCUAAGAAGUUUACCGCUCGACCAUUAUUUUUGCUGUGUAAUUUUUUGUGAACUAGAUUAGCUCGAAUCAAUUCAAAACAUCUCGGUAUCAAUCAUUCCGAUUCGCUUAUUAUUUUUCUUACUAGUGCUAGGCUCAUUUUAUAUUGUAGUAUUUUGUAUGUUAUAGUUGGAUACUGCACUGAUCGUCUUACCUUUUGGUCAUCAGCAUUCAUUUAUUUAAUUUAAGAUUUAUCUCUGCAAAUUAGUCACUCAUACCUUUGAGGUUUUACAAAAUUCUGUCUGGGUUAACUUUUUUUACACUUUCUAUCAAUAUUCAUAAUAGUAAUUUUCAGUUGUAUGUUACCAUAUAAGCCAGGCUAAUGUGACCGCAAUCGUUCCGUAUUAGGGCAGGUUGUUGAUCUGAAAAAAAAGUUUAAUAUUAAAUUAUAUAUAUUAAAUUGCUCGAAAAAACCCGUUUAUUCAUAGUAGGACGUAGACGGCCAUGUGAAUGGCUUUAAACAACCUCUCAUUAAGUUUUUUGAAUUAUGUAGAAACUAAAUAUUUAAUUAUAUUUAAACUUUUUUGUCGGCAAAAGUUUACACUAUCAAAUAAUAUAUAAAUAAAAAAAGAAUUUGGUAUGCUUAACUAUAAAGAAGCCACUUGCUCAUUUACCACUUACAUUUACUAUUAUAGUAUUAGCAGAGCUUUGCAUUACAAUAAAUGAUUUAAUUAAUAAGUCAUUCCAAAAUGGAGCUUUUCCAAGCUGCCUGAAGACGGAAAUUAUUAUGCCGUUAGAUUAAGGACAUGAUAGAGAUCAGGUUUCAAAUUAUCAUCCAAUGCACCCCUUUCCAUAUUAUCCAAGAUCACUUUAAACGAUUGUUAAAAAAAGCCUUCUACCUUUCUGUUUAAAUAUAAGAUAUUUACUUGCAAAUGCAUUAACGAUGCUCUCUAUGUUUUCUCUUUUUACUAGAGUAUACUUCUAUCUAAAUAAGGAUUACUCGCCAGUAAACAUUUUCUGCGCUUUCGCUAAAGCUUUCGACUGUGUAAAUUAUAAUGUCUUAAUUAAUAAGUUGCAUCACUACAGGUUCAUAGGAACACCUCAUGAAUGGUUUAACUUAUUUCUUAAUAACACAAGUCAACUUUUAAGGGUUGAUAUGACAAAUUCUUGCAAGACGAACAAAUGUGAGGUACCUCAAGGUUCAGUUCUAGGGCUAUUUUGUUUCUAAGGUUUAUAAAUGAUGUCGCUGGUCUGGAUAGCAAUGGUAAAAUCUGUCUCUUUGCAGAUGCAAUUAUAUUAGAUGGGAUAUUAAGGCACUAUACAUGUGUAUUAUCCAUUAAAUCGUGGUGCAAGUGAAAUCUUCGGUGCCUUAAUGUUCCUAAAACUCUUGUGAUAUAAAAAUCCGUUGGAACCAUUUGUAUUUCAUAACACUAGUUAUCCUAACAGUCCUUAAAGUCUUUAAAAUAGGGCUGGUUCCAGUCCAGCCCUUCUAUUCUAGAAUACAUGUUGUGAGAUUCAAUUUGAGCGUAUUUUUAAGGUCAGUUAUUGUUAAUAUUUAUGAGUUUUGCAAUAAUUGACAAUUAGUCAAAUUCCAUAGUUGGUUGGAUAGGAUUUCAUAAGAUACUAAAGUUGUCAUUAAUAAUUAGAGAUAGAUUUCUAUGAGUAAGUCAAACGCCUUAGUCAUAUUUAGAUUUACAUAAAUGAAAGAAUACGUUUUUGAUUUCCCCCUAGCAUACCUCCUUUACCUCAAAGGUGUUAAAACUCUAUUGUGUCAUUUAGGCAAGUGAUACAAAAAUAGGUCUAACUAUAAUAUCAAUGCCUGUGUAAAAAGCGUUUUUGCGAUUAUUUAACGAAUAAGACCAACAUAAUUUUCGAGCUUUUAAAAAUGAUUGGCUGACUGAGAUAAACUGAAAGAUUGGCUGAUUAGAGAAGUAUAGACUUCAUGUGUUAAACACAUCUUUGCAGCUUUAUUACUGCAUACUUGUUACAAAUUAUUAAAAAAUGGUAAUAUACGAGUAUAUUUAACUUAAAGUUUAUAUCGAUAUAGUCUUUUAAUAUUAUAAAGCCUUUAAAACAAGUUGAGUUAGCUUUAAGACUAAAAUACUAAAGCUAAAAGUAAAGGUGAAAUGCAAAGUAUCUUCAGAAGUUAUCCACUGACAUCUUCAAAGACGUUCGAGACUUCGUCUCUACUCAAAAACGAAGUCUAAAAAAUUCUAAUAAUAAUAUUUUAAAUCCACAAUUUUUGCAAAUUCUAUCUUCUUUAUUAAAAACUAAGUCUAGAAAUUGAAAAUAUGCACAUGUCAUAAAUAGUAAUAUAAUAGGUGCAUAAAACUUACAAAAAAAAAGUUACAUAAAACUUAUUCCAUCUACGCUCGCAUAGACUGCGCGGUUAGGUUCUAAUUUGUUCUUAUGUCUUUUAUGCAGAUUAAUCUUAUUUAAUUUAAGUAAAAACGGUAUCCACUAUCCUUAGCACAAAAUAUUCGCCAUCGGUGCCUGAGACCACUUUUUUAGGUGACAGAAAAUGAUUCACAUUUUGUCGUAUUUUCUCAUCUGUUCUAGAGCAAUUUGUGGGUAUAUAAAGUAUAAGUUAUGUUAUUGUAAUAUGCCCAUUUGAUAUACAAAUUACUCUCAUAACUGUAAAUUUAGUUUCUGUGAAUCUGGUAUUGGAGUAAGUUACUACGUAUUAAACGUGGCCCUUAAACAACGGCAGUUUUGUUUGACUCGAAGCGUUGCCGAUCGAUAGUUCUAGCCUGGACACUUAUCCCCGCUUCCAUCGAUACCUCACAACAGAAGCCGAAAUCAUGCGAAGCGACGACCGUAUCGCGAUGGCAAAAAUUCCGCGCUGGGGCACAUAUUUUGCGUUGAUUCGAAAUAAUAUUUUACUGCAGUUAUUAUUGUAGUUUAUAGUAAGAUUACGCAUUUAAAAUUUUAAACUACCAAACUAUUUUGAUACUCGCUUUGAGCUUUAAAAAGAAUAAAAAUUCGGUAUUUAAAUUAAGUGGGUAAAUUAACAAUUUUAUUUUUAACUUACAUUUUACAAUCUUAAUUUUAUUUAGAAUAAUGCCUACCUCUUGCUGCAUUCCUGUUUAAGCUCAGAAAAAAUUAAAAUGGAUUUAAAAUUUUUUUUGGUUUUUUUUUGAUUAUCUUCGGAAUCAUUCAAAUUUUCGAUUUUUUAAAUAAGCAACAAAAAUUUGGCGUAUGUACCUACCUAAUUUUGUUUUCGGCAUUAAUAUUUUUACGAAAAAGUAAUACAGCAAUGCAAAAACUUUCCCAUAGCAACCAAGAUAACCCACAAAAGUGUCAAGAAUAAGUUUUUGAAAAUUUGUUUUUUUUUUCGAUAAUCUUCAAAACCACAUAAAAUAUAAUAUAUAUAUUUUUUUAUAUGGCAUAUUCUUUUAAAAGUAAAUAAUGUGCAACUUUGAGGGUAGACGAAUUUGAAACACCGUUUAUGUAUAUUUUUCCAAUAAAAUAAAUAAUAAAAAAUAUUUAAAACAUUUAUCAUAUACCUAAAAAUACGUAAUAAUAAAAAAAAUAUAUUAUCUUGUAAAAUGUAAAAUAUUAGGUCCCGCGGUAUCUCCACUUAGUCGUUCCACUGUCUCGGUUUUCAUAUUUCGGUUCAUUAUCUCGGCUGCAAUUUUGACGCCACGAAACCAGUGUCACGGCUAGAAUUCUCGAUCGGCUACGCUCGAAGCCAUUGCUAACGUUUUAAAUGAUUACUACAUUUUUGUAAAAUAGAUGUGUUAGUCUUUAAUCUUAAUGUCUCAGUAAGCUUUAGUACUAUUCAAUUUGUUCUUUGAUAUUGAUAUAUUUUAUAAAAUUUAAAAUAAAAUCUAUGUAUAUUUUAUAUUCUUGAAUAUUUAACUAAUUAAUAAAGUGAUUAUAUUAUUAUAUAGUAUUCGCCUAAAAUAUAUUCUAAAUUUUAAAAAAGUAUAUUGAUAUGUAAAAAUUUAACUUAUAAAAUUUAUACAGUGUAACUGUUUUUGGCCCUCUUCGGCUAAUUUUUUAAUCUGUUGUGGUAUUGUGGUCAAAUAAAAAAUAAAUAAAA